AUGUAAUACUAAUAAUUGAUUAACUCAAUAGUGGAAGCUCCCUCUAAAGAUUAUCCUAAAAGAUCAUUACAUUUAACAAAGCUUCUUGGUUCUGGAGCUGAAGGAGCAGCAUUUCUUGCUACAGUUUCUAAUUGGGGAAAUAAUCCUUAACAAGUUGCCAUUAAAUUACAAUAAAACAUGAAACAACAUGAGAAAGAUUUUAUAAUAAAUCUAAUAUAAUAUCAAAACACUUAUGAGAAUGGGAACAAUUAACAAUUCCUUCCCAGUAACAUCAUCAGAAUAUAUGAAUAUUUUUAAUGGUAAGCUAAACAUUGUAUCAUUAUGGAAGUCGGUAUAGAAGAUUUAUUUUCGUAUUUAGCUAAAAAUCAAAAUUUAUCAAUAUAACAAAGAGAAAAGAUAUGUUUUUAAGUAAUUAUAUUUUUAAUCAACUAAUAGAUUACUUAACCAAUACAUUUUUUACAUAAAUCCUAAUUAAUUCAUCGAGAUAUCAAAUCAGAAAAUUUUAUAAGAGUAGGAGAUAAUUUUAAAUUAAUUGACUUUGGCUGUAGAUCUACAGCUUUAGACAUAAAAACUCUUUAAGUUGGCUCUUUGAUUUUUCAAGCCCCUGAACUUAUAGAAAAGAGAAACAAUUAUUCAGAAAAAGUUGAUAUCUGGGCGUUGGCGUGUGUCUUUUAUGAAAUAUUAUCAAUGACCCAAUUAUUUAAUGGUAGACAAAAUUUAUAUUUUUAGGAUAAAGUUUUAAUGAAAUAACCUCUUAAAUUAGAAGACAUAGAACUGAUGCUCAUAUUAUUAAUAAAAAAAUUAAUGCAUUACCUACUUCAAAUGAGAUUAAAUAAUUAUUAAUUAAGAUGUUGAAUUAUAAUGAUUAACUACGGCCUUCAAUAGAAUAGGUUUAUAAUUAUCUAUAUCAACCAUAAGUUAUUUAGCCACCUAUCAUUAAAUAACCAGUAAAAGUAGUAUAAAAAUCUCAAAUAGAUUAAUAAUAAUAGAAAGAUGUACAAAAUUUAAGUGAAUCAUAAAGUAGAUAAAUUUCUGAAGAACAAUAAAAUUAAAUAAUUUCAAAGUUAGAAAACUAAAAAGAAACACAUCAAAUUUCAAAUAACGCUUAAUAAAAUGAAUUACACCCAAUUAAGUUAUAAAUAUAAGAGAAAAAUGAAAAAAUAGAAUCUUUAAACUCCGAAUCAUAGCAAUAAUUAGAAUAAAAAUUAUUAAAAUAAAAUUAAUAAUCUUUAGAACUAUAAUUAUAAUAAUAGAUCAAAAAUGAAGAUAAAUAAAAUCAACUUCAAAAUAACGAAAAAUAAUUUGAUUUUUAAUUAUUAGAAUAAUAACAAGAAUAAUAUUCAAAUAUAUAAAUCUAAACUAAAAAUUAAUAAUAAGAGAUAGUAAAAUAAAUCCAACUGUUAAUUUUAUAAAUAUAAUAAAACUAAAUAUUUAAUGAGGAAUCUAUUGUAAUAAGAUCUUUAUAGAUUUAACUCAACUAAAUUGAAGACUAAAUAUCAUCAUUCAACCCUAAAUUAAAAAUUUUUUAAAAAGUUUAUUAAAAUUAUAAUAAUAAUAGAAAUUAAUUAUAAGAUGAUAUUGAAAAUUAAGGAUAUUAAACAUUAGAAAAAGAUCAAAAUCGAAUAGUAAAUUAAGGUUAAAAUUAGACUAACCAAAAUUAAAAAAAAGAUAUUUUAAACACUUAAAAUGAAAAUAAUUAAAAUAAAAACGAAAAACAAAAAGAUGAGAUAAUCCAAAAGUAUAAACAAGAAAAAGAGUUCAUAUUAAAAUUAUUUAAUUUUUUCAAUUAAUACAUUGUUUAAGAAUUGCCAAAUUUUAUAGGAAAAAUAAAUUGCUUAGACAAAUAAUUAUAUACGAAAAAUGAGAAUCCAUCUUACUAAAAUCAGAUUGACUUAUUAAACAAUUAAGAUUUUAAGCAGGAAUUAUAGUUAAGGUAGUUUAAUAAAGAUUUAUCUUAAGACAAUUAAGAAACUAAUCAUUAAACUUAGUAAGACAUACUAUCAUAAUUUUUUUCAUAAUAAAAUCAAGUAAAUUAGAAUUUCAAUUAAUUAGAUUAAGAUGCUAUAAGUGAAUACUAGAACCUUUUUUAAAAUUUAAGGAAAUAAAUAUUUAUAUAAAUUUAAUCUUCAAUGCAAAAGAUUUAAGAUUUAUAAUAAAACUCUUAUAAUUAAAAUUAAUAAUAAAACAACAAUUUAAUGUAGGUAAAUUAAGAUUUAGAGCAAUAGAUCUUAGAUUUAACUGAUAAAAACAAAAAAUUGAUUGAACAAAUCGAAAAAUAAACUAAUGAAAUUAAAAAUUAACAAAUUGAAAAUUAAAAUUAAAUUCGUUAAAGCUAUAAUUAGAUUGAUACUUUAAAGAGGGAGAAUUAAAAUUUAUAAAAUUAAAUUAAUUAGAGCAAUAUUUAGAUCGAUACUUACAAAAAAGAAAAUGAAAGUUUUAAAAAAUAACUUUCGGAUUACAUUAAUAAGUUCAAUAAUUCAAUUUAACCGUUCAGUCCUUUAAAGUAGGAAAACUAAACUUUAUAAAAUUAAAUUAAGGAAAAAAACAUUUAAUUUGAUACUUUAAAGAAGGAGAAUUAAAAAUUACAAAAUUAAGUUUCCAAUCAAAGUAAUGAAAUAUAAAAAUAAAAAUAAACAAUACAAGUUUUGGAAAAGAAACUUGAAUGGGUAGCAUUUUGA